AUCAAAAGAAAACGUAACCAAAGUCAUGAGUGGUAGUAGAAUUUAUCCUAAACUAUAUACUUCCACUAUGUUUAAAACUAGAGUUUGUAGAAGGAAAUGACGAAGAUUAAAAUAGAUCUCUUUCUGUGGAUGUAAAGAUGGAAGUGUUUCAUGAUCUGAGAGAACCACUUCCCGGCAAUGGCUCUGAAUAUGGCUAUAGCUGUGAUUCUGGAACAAUCCUAAACAUCCUUGCCCGGAGAAAUGCAUCGGAGCUUGCUCUCAUCGCUAAAGAGUACAGAAACAUGUACUCUGAAGACCUCAAGGAGCGCAUGUCUUCUGAGCUUAGUGGUGAUCUCAAGAAAGCAGUGUUGCUGUGGAUGCAUGAUCCAGCAGGACGCGAUGCCACUGCAUUGAGUCAGGCUCUGAGCGGCGUUCCGGAUCUCAAAGGUGCUUCUGAAGUCAUAUGUUCUCGUACUCCAUCCCAGAUGCAGCAAUUCAAACAAGCCUAUCAUGCCAUGUUUGAUGUUCACCUUGAGCAUGAUAUUGACCAGAAAGCAUCGCGUGAUAAUCGGAAGUUGCUACUUGCAUAUCUAACCAAGACUCGCUCCGAAAGCAAAGAUGUUGAUGAGACGCUGGUAGAAGUGGAUGCCAGAAUUCUCUAUCAAGCUGGGGAAAAGAAAAUAGGAACUGAUGAGGACACCUUCAUACGCAUUUUCAGCGAAAGAAGCUGGGCUCAUUUAGCUGCUGUUAACUCUGCUUACUUCAGGAUGUAUGGGAAUUCAUUGAAAAAGGCAGUAAAGAAUGAAACAUCUGGGAAAUUCAGGUUUUCUCUUUUGACAAUCUUACAAUGUGCUGAGAAUCCUGGCAAGUACUUUGCAAAGGCUUUGAACGCGGCAAUGAAGGGCCUGGGAACCGAUACAACAACACUUACUAGGAUAAUUGUGACAAGGGCUGAAGUUGAUAUGGGGAAUAUAAAGGCAGAGUACGGGAAGAAGUUUGGGAAAUCAUUGAAUGAUGCUGUUCAUUCGGAUACAUCAGGCGAUUACCGGACCUUUCUUCUUGCUCUCUUAGGCCCUGGCCAGUCCGGAUGAAUUUGCAAACAGUGUUUGGAGUGUCUCUGCUAAAGGGUUGCUGUAGUGUGUGUGACAUAAUAUUUGAUCUUAUGUUAGAGUGUGUUUGUUUCUGGUUGUGUUUUUCAGGUUGGUAGAUGAUGAUGCCUGUGUGACUCUGGUUGCUACGUUGUGUAUACUCUUUCUUAAUAAGCUUCUACUUCUUAUGGGUUAAAAAUGACUCAGCGGGGGAACAAAUCCCCUUUUUCUUCUUGUUCU